CUCUCUGGUUCCUCAUUCUGCGUUUGUGUGCGUGUGUGUGGCGCUUCAAUGAGAGUCAGAGAGCGCGCACUCGACGGUCAUUCCUCUCAGAAACAAGUCCCUUUAAAUGCGAGUUAACCGUUUUCUGACAGUCUGACGGGAAAACAUGGGUUGUAAAAAAUCCAAGUUGGAUGGUGACCAAAAUGGAUGUGUGCUUGAACCAGUGAACAAAGAGCAUCCAGUACGUACUGACCAAACAUAUGUGAGAGAUCCAACCUCCUAUAAGCCUCCUAUAACUUCCCAAAAUGCCGGUCUCCUGCCUGGUCAGGUUUUCCAAAAAAUGGAAGAGAAGGAAAAAAUCGUUGUCGCUUUAUAUCCAUAUGAAGCCAUUCACGCUGAUGAUCUGGGCUUUAAAAAAGGAGAGAAGUUAAAAAUUAUUGAGGAGCAUGGCGAGUGGUGGAAAGCGAGGUCUUUGACCACACGAAAAGAAGGUUUCAUUCCCUCAAACUAUGUUGCAGAAGCAGACACUAUGGAGACAGAAGAAUGGUUCUAUAAAGACAUCACGAGAAAGGAUGCAGAGAGACAGCUGUUGGCACCGGCUAAUAAACCUGGAUCUUACCUCAUACGGGAGAGCGAAACCUCAAAAGGAAGUUAUUCACUAUCGAUCAGAGACGUAGACGCUCAGGGCCAGGAUGUUGUUAAACAUUAUAAGAUCAGAUCUCUGGAUAAUGGCGGUUACUACAUCUCCCCAAAGAUCACGUUCAGUGACAUCAGCAGCAUGAUAAAACAUUACCACAAACAGUCAGAUGGAUUAUGUCGAAAGCUGGAUAAAGCAUGCGAGAAACCUAAAGCGCAAAAACCUUGGGACAAAGAUGCCUGGGAAAUCUCUAAAGACUCCAUAAAGAUGGUGAAGAAACUCGGAGCUGGACAGUUUGGAGAAGUAUGGAUGGCCUUCUACAAUAACAGCACCAAAGUGGCAGUGAAAACUCUGAAGCCAGGCACAAUGUCAGUGGAGGCGUUUCUAGAGGAGGCCAACCUGAUGAAGACCUUACAGCACGACAGACUUGUGCGUCUCUAUGCUGUCGUCACCAAAACUGAGCCCAUCUACAUCAUCACUGAGUACAUGGCUAAUGGAAGCUUAUUGGAUUUCUUGAAAAGUCAAGCUGGCUCCAAAAUACAGUUACCAAAGUUGAUAGAUUUUUCUGCACAGAUAGCCGAAGGAAUGGCCUACAUUGAGAAGAAAAACUACAUCCACCGAGACCUGAGAGCAGCUAAUGUGCUGGUUUCAGAGAUGCUGCUGUGCAAAAUAGCUGAUUUUGGCCUGGCCCGAGUAAUUGAGGAUGACCAAUACACGGCCAGAGAAGGGGCAAAAUUUCCUAUCAAAUGGACGGCACCAGAAGCCAUCAACUAUGGCUCUUUCACCAUCAAAUCAGAUAUGUGGUCCUUCGGGGUUCUCCUGUAUGAGAUUAUAACAUACGGGAAAAUUCCUUAUCCAGGCAUGAGCAACAGCGAAGUCAUGAGCAGUGUCCAGAGAGGUUACCGGAUGCCCCGUCCCGAAAACUGUCCGGUUGAACUUUACGAGAUCAUGACCACAUGCUGGAAGAAUAAACCAGAAGACCGGCCCACGUUUGACUAUAUUCAGAGUGUACUGGACGACUUCUACACGGCCACUGAAGGCCAGUACCAGCAGCAGCCAUGAGGAGCAACAGUCAUCUCCCUCAGAUUAUUGCACUGUUUCCAGAUGGAUGAUCAAAACAUCUGUGAUUUAUCUUUGAAUCUUACUAAUGUGUAACUAAUAAUUGGAUCAAUCUGCUUACCCGUAUGUAAGCACGGUUAAGAUUGCCUAUCUCUGCUUCAAAUUGAAGUUUUAACUGCUUAUUUGCUCUUCCUCCGCACAUUUCAACUGCAUUUCAAACUGUAAAUAAUUUGAUAUUUCAGAGUUCUACGUUUUUAUACACCAGGUUUGUCUUUCUUUCUCAAAUGUGAGCCGCUGUGGGGUCUGAAAGCAAAUUAGGAUUGAUUUACAUAACAGACAAUUUUACUUACGAAUAAGAUAUAUAUAUAUAUAUAUUAGAAAAUUGAUCAGUGUUCCCAGUGUUUGGUUUAACGCUGUUUCAGAAGCAUAUUUAGUAUGAAAACUUAUUAAUACUAUUCAAGUCUACUUGGCAUUAACAAAUAUACAGCUAAUCUUUAAAUACUACAGUAAUUUAUAAACAUACUGCAGUGUUUUUGAACCAUAUUAUAUAAUAAAUUGUAUUGUACUACAUUCUACACUGGGCAUCACGGUGGCGCAGUGGGUAGCACGAUCAUCUCACAGCAAGAAUGUCACUGGUUCAAGCCUCGGCUGGGUUAGUUGGCAUUUCAGUGUGGAGUUUGAUGUUCUCAGUGUAUGAGUGUGGAUGAGUGUGUAUAGAUGUUUCCCAGAAAUGAGUUGCAGCCGGAAGGGCAUCCGCUGCGUAAAACAUAUGCUGGAUAAGUUGGCGGUUCAUUCCGCUGUGGCAACCUCAGUUUAAUAAAGGGACUGAGCCAAAAUGAAUGAAUGAAUUAAUGUAUUUUAUAUCGGUGUUUCUCAACCACGUUCCUGGAGGAGCACCAGCUCUGCACGUUUUCCACGUCCUUAACCAAACACACCUGAUUCAGAUCAUCAGCUCAUUAGCAGAGACUGAAAGACUUGUAAUGUGUGUGACGGACAAAACAUGCAGAAUUGGUGGUUGAGAAACACUGUUCCAUAUUGUAGCAUUUUUGUUAAUACCGCAUACUGUAGUAUCAAAUGUCAUUUACUGAUAUACUAAUAAAUACUGUAGUACAUUAAAAUGCUUACUAUAGUAAAGUGUGGUGAAUUGUAAUAUAUAUUUAGUGCAGUUUUGGUGUAAUCUGUUUAUAUGCCACAGAAACUACAACAAUAGAUUCAUUCAAGUACUUUACUGCAGUAUGGUUCAAUAACACUACAGUAUUUCCUUUUUCAUAUGGGUAUUUCAGUAGGAAUGAUUUCUCUUAUUUGCAUUCAGUUUAAAAAAAAUUAUUAUUUUAAUUGUAAUACUGAUUUAAUGAAAUUCAUGCACUGGUGUAUGAUCUUACAUGAUCAUUGUGUUUUAAAGUCAUUUUCAUAAACAGCUUUCAAUUACAGUUUUGAGAAUGUUAUGACAAUAAUGAGCAGCGGCACCGCACAAUAUUUUAUUAUAUAUAUAUUUUUUGUAAUUAAGCUUACAAAUUGUUGAUUGUGAUUUUUUUGCUAAGAAUGAAAUGCAUUGUACAUUUAAAAUAUUCUGUACAGUUGUACAUUAGACAAAUAAUAAAAUUCAUCUUUUGUGAUUAGUAAAA